AUGCUCCCUGAAACCUGCAACCCUCGAGGGCUGCAGAGGGCUCCAUGUGGCUGCUUUUUCGACCCCCGGCUCUUCCACAUCCAAUGGACUACCACCAACCUGCCACCACCGGCCACCUCCACUCCAGGCCACUGCACUGCUGCUCUGCCAGGGGCUGUCCUGGGGGGCCUCAGGGGCUGGGUGACCCCCCUGGCCUGGACAGCCCCUAGGACCAGCCAACAGGACAUCCAGGGACAGGCUGUGCAGCUCAGCAUCCCUGACACAGCCACUCCCACGGGGCCAACCCAGGGCUGGGACGUCUCCCAGGGCAACAAUGUCCCCCCGGGUGGGGAUGUCCCCCCCAGCUCCUGUGCUGGCCCCCACAUCCAAGCCCUUGGGGACCCAGCAAGUGACACUGCACUGGUGGAGGAGACGCUGCUGGGCUGCUCCCUAGUCAGCCAGGACCGACCCAGCAGUGUCCCUGUGCCUGGGGACUCUGGUGGCGCCGGCAGAGCUGCCCCUCCCUGUGACUUUGCCUCCCUCUCGCUGCCCGAUGAGCUGCUGUACCCCGACUACAGCGUCCCCGAGACUGCCAACUCCGUCCUCAGCCUUGCAGAAUUUGUCAUGGAGCUGGAGCCCCAGGAGCCAUGGGGGGACCUAUCACCACCCCAGCCUGGCAGGAGCGACAUAGAAAGCACGGGAGCCUAG